AUGGGAACAAAAGUGCAGUGUGAAAGUUACUUUCCCGGAUAUUUCUCAAUGAGGGAUCUUAAUGAGGAUUCUAACAGUUGUAACUGGCCCCUAUUCUACGGAGAUAAAACGUUUUCAAAUGGGCAGUAUUACAACGGUUUCUUGCCUAGGGUCAUUGCAGAUGCCUAUCCAGGGAAUGAUAAGGAUGCAGUAAAACGAACGAUGCUUGAGCAUGAGGCCAUAUUUAAGAAACAGCUUCAUGAACUUCACCGGUUAUACAGAAUACAGAGGGACUUAAUGGAUGAAAUUAAAAUGAAAGAACUACUUAGAAAUCGGAUACCUGUUGAGACAUCAUUUUCGUCAAGCCCCUUAGCUUCUCAGGUUACAUCUAAAGAUGCUCGGAAAUGGCAUAUCCCUAGUUUCCCUUUGGCAAAUUCGGUAUGUGCUAGAACAUCUGCAUCAGCCGUUGAAGACAUUCAUUCUCCUCUGAGCUCUGUGAAAGGAAGCAGUGCACAAGCUAGUCCCUUGCCAUCCCAAAAUGGUGGUGCGUCAAAUGAUGGGAAGAUUCUUGAGUGCAGACCAUCGAAGGUGAGAAGAAAGAUGUUUGAUCUUCAGCUUCCAGCUGAUGAGUACAUAGACACUGAAGAAGGGGAACAAUUAAGGGAUGAAAAUGCAUCUGGAAUUUCAAGUUAUCUGUCCAGCAGGAAUCAUAAAGUUGCACCUCAGAAUGAAAUGAAUCUUUUUCUUGGCAAUGGUGGGAAGAAUAAUUGCCAAGGAGAUGCAUCGAGAUCUGAAUCAUGUUUAAGAAGCCCAAUUAAUGUGGCUGACUUGAACAAGCCUAUUGAGGUUGACGAGGCAAAUGCUUCUGCAUAUGUUGAUCUUCUAGGCUGCACCUCCUCCCAUGUGGAGAGCCGAGGGCAUGAACUAGCUUCUAAGCCAAAACAAGAGCUUCAAGGUUUCCCCAAGGAAAUUUCAGCAAAUUUCCAUUACAGGAGUGAUAAUGGGACUCUCAAUGGUCCACAUUUGCAAAAUAAUGCCAAUGGAAAAUGCUGGUUUUCUCACACAUUUGACUCAGGGCACAGCAAAAACAACUUGAAUUCUGUUUCUCCAGAUCUUCAGCCAGAAAAACCUACUUCUUCUCAGCCAAUGCAAGUUCUGUUCAAUAAAACUCAUGAACCUCCAUCUCUCUUUCUAACUGAUCAAGGCAAGAUUGAUCAGUUGGGAGAGAGAACAGCUCGUGGUUUAGAAAACUCUGAAAGAAAUCAUGAGAUCUCCAAUACUAACUAUUCAGAGUCAGCUAUUGCUUCUCAUAUACCCAGUCCAUAUCCUAUUGGUCCGCCCUCUGAUGUGGGCAAGUCCUGGUGCCACUCUGUCUCCUCUUGGGAGAAGCCUGCUGUUAACUUAAGCCAGAAGUCAAUGUCAGUUCAAAUGCACCCAUAUUUGAAUUCGUCAGCAUCUUUGAGUAGGAGCUCACAAUCAUCAACUCAGAGCCAUGGGUUUUUCGGUGACCAGUGGAAUUGUAACGGCAAUUCUACAUCUAACCCAAGCUUUGCAAGUGAAAUGCCCAACCGAAAUGGAUUUUACCAUGGGUCUUCAUCAGGGUCCAAGGAACCAUCGGUUCGUCCUCCUUCAGGAAACUAUGAUUUUUGGAACUGCACUAGUACAAAUAAUGGAGCAUCUGAGCUCUUCAUCAAUCACAGUUCAUCUAAGUUCUAUAAGAGUCCAAAUUGUAUGGACUUGAAGUCUGCUAGAGAUGUGAACUUGAAUGCAGUGCUUCCGAACAGCUCAUCUAGCAAGGUGGUGCACCAGCAAGGUAUCGAGGUCAUAGAUUUAGAAAGAAAGCAGGAGGAUCAUCUUGCUGCUUUACCUUGGCUUAAAGCUAAGCCUGCUUGUAAGAAUGAGGGCACCAAGGGGGUGGAUUUGAAUUUUGGGGAAUCAACUUUCUUUCAAUCUUCUCUGAAUCAGUUAUCAGAUAAAAGUGAAAUUGGAAAGGGUGCUAAUCAAAUAGCUGUUCAGAACAUGAGAUCGACUAAUGUUGUUGAGACCAGUAGGAUCCAAGGUAGUGACUCAAGUUGCAGAAAAAUUCUCGGCUUUCCGAUUUUUGAAAAGCCCCUUAUUCCUAAGAAUGAGUCUUCUUCCCUCGCCUCUUCUUCUGUGGCCCUUCCUUGGUUAUUGGAAGAAGUGGAAAAUAGCAAGAAAAGUAGGGUACUUGAUAUAAACUUACCUUGUGAUCAAGCUGUUCCAGACUUGGUUCAACAGACUACAGCAGAAGAUGCAGUUGUUGCAAAAGAAGCAGAUACAAAAGUUGCCAAUUUCAGAUGUCAAAUUGACUUGAACUCUUGCAUCAGUGAUGAUGAAACUUCUCUGAUGCCUCCUGUUCAAGGCUCCAUGGCAAAGGUUAUUGUAGGAAUAGAUUUGGAAGCCCCUGCAGUUCCUGAGAUCGAGGAGAAUACAAUUUCCAGAGAAGAAAUGGCACAUGAAGUACCUUUACAGUCAACAGAGCACAAAGCUGAAAGCCCGAUGAAUGAACAUAUCAGAAUCGCAGCUGAGGCAAUAGUUGCCAUUUCAUCAUCUGGUUACCAGAAUCAUUUGGAUGAUGCCACUUGCAAUCCUCCUGAUGCUUCUAUGACAGACCCUCUACAUUGGUUUGUGGAGAUAGUUUCAUCUUGUGGAGAGGAUCUUGAGAGCAAGUUUGAUGCUGUUUUGAGAGCCCCAGAUGGUGAAGAUAAUAUGGAUACAUCUUGGGAAAUAGUUGAUUACUUUGAGUCGAUGACUUUGGGAUUGAUAGAGACCAAGGAAGAAGAUUACAUGCCCAAGCCUUUGGUUCCAGAGAACCUGAAACUGGAAGAUACAGGAACCACACCUGUACCGACACGCAGCCGAAGGGGUCAGGGAAGAAGAGGAAGGCAGCGGAGGGACUUCCAGAGGGACAUCCUUCCUGGCCUUACUUCACUAUCGAGACACGAGGUAACAGAAGAUCUUCAAACAUUUGGAGGGAUGAUGAGAGCGACAGGUCAUCCAUGGCAUUCAGGAUUAACAAGAAGAAACUCCACUAGAAAUGGUUGUGCAAGGGGAGACGACGCUCGCUGGUUAGCCCCUCGCCUCCGGUGGCAGCAAGCCCACCUUGCACUCCACUAA